AUGGACGAUCCGGGCUGGUCAUGGCCGGCCUGGAAAUUCGGCAUGAAGAGGGAUGACCUCUUUCAUACCCUCCACGAAAAAUACAACACCUUUACCUUUAACCUCCAAGACCCUGAAGCCUUCCAUCACGACGUUUACGAAAUUUCCCGCGAUGCCGAUACCAUCGACGAUUUCCAUCGCUUGCUGGAUGAGCGAAAGCAACAGCGGAUUCACGAACUUCACGAGUCUCUCGAAUCUCUCGCUGUUGAGAUCAUCGCCAACCCCAAGUUGAUGGAUUCCGAACAUUGGCAGUACGCCCUUCAACUCUUCCGGACCAAGUCUUUCGACUCUAUCGUCCGUUAUUUUGCAAGCUACCUACCCGAACAAUAUCUUGAUCACAACGAUCGUGAUCAUGAUGCUAUUUCUAUUGCUUCCUUGUCCUCCUUCUCUGAGACCAACAGCGUCAAGACCGAGUGCACCACGGCCAGCAGCGUCGAUGAUGUCUCUAGUUUCUUUGAUGAUGAACCUAUCUUGACAAAGGGUCCCCUCUCGAUUCACACCGACAUUCGAUCAUCGUCUGUUGUUCAAGCGCCCCCCUCGCCCCCCCAUUCCGAGGCAGCGCACGGCGAUGAGUCUUCUGUUUCUUCUACUUCCAUGGAGUCGCACGAAUACUCCACCCCUUCACGCUCCAUGUCGUUUUCUGGUUCCGAGACAGCUGCAGCUAUCUCUGACUUGACCAGAUCACUCGUUCACGACGAAGAUGAGACCUCGCAGUUCGAUGACGGCGACUUUGCUGUCGCCUCGGAUUCUGAUUGCGAAGAGAGCCAGUCGUCACUGGACGUAAUGGAUGACGGGGAACAAUCCAAUGACAAGUAUGAGGAUGAUCUAGAGGAGGAGGAUGAUUUUCCUACUACUCAAUUUCCUGAAGAUGCUAGCGACGGUUGCGAUUUCUAUGACGAUACCCCAAAUUUCGAUGACACACCGACUCCCCGACAGGAGUCUAUCGCGCCCUGCUAUGUUGAGUACAAGUCCGUUGCGGCAUGGAGAAUACCUUCUCCUCGUCGUUCAACCUCACCCUCGCCACGAAGCCACCACCCCUACCGCCGCGAAGGCUCAAGUCUGAAGGACAUCCGCCGAAGUCCUGAGGAGUCGAUGAGCAAAAUUCAGAAACCGAUGCAUGAGCAAAGGAAAAGGCCGACAUUUAGGAAACGGCUUGAUUAG